AUGGAGAAGCGCACCCGGCGUCUUGGCCACAAGAAGUCGAGGAACGGAUGCCAGCGCUGCAAAGCGCGCCGCGUCAAGGUACGAGAGACCCGCGAGUCGAGCACCGCUCUGCCCUCUCUCCACGAACUCACGUCUUGGGGGUUGUUGGCAGUGCGACGAGGAACGCCCGUGCCGGAAGUGCGUCGCCCACGGGGCCCACUGCAGUCUCGUCGAUCAACCCGCGACGUCUCUGUCAACGUCGACGUCGACGUCUCCAUUAACGGCGCCGCCGCAGCCGCCGCCGCAGCCGCCCCAUGCGCCAACUGCGCCAACUGCGCCCCCGAAGCCCGCUGCUGCUCGGCAAUUCGUCCCGAUCCGCCCAGCUGCGGAGGGCGCUCACGAGGCAGCGACGCCUCGCCGUACCCCGGAGACCCGGCACGGGAUCCGCGCGUCGACCCCGCCGCGGAUCCCGGGGACCUUUCGGAGAAUUGGCUGCAAAGUUUACGCCUGAUGCACCAUUACAACACCAGCACGUGCCAUGUCUUGAUCAACCACAGAUGCACGGAAGAGCUUUGGAAGACGGCUGUUCCUGAGAUGGCUUGCUCGCACAAAUUCCUUAUGCACGGCCUGCUGGCCCUCUCGGCCAUGCACUACGCGAGCCUCCACCCCCAUGAACAGAAGAAAUGGGACAUCAUCUCGGUGCACCACCAAAACCUUGCCCUGCGCUCCUUCGCCCUCCGUCUCAACGACAUCAACCAGGACAACUGCGAGGCAUACUUCUUCCUGGCCACGCUCAUCUUCAUUCUCAGCAUCUACUCCGUCGCUCACGGCACCCGCCUGGGCAGGGCCGUCUCGCUCGAUAACGUCAGCCAGUGCUUCAUGCUUCUUCAUGGCAUCAAGGGCAUCCUCGAAUUCCAGCCCAUCGAGAAAUGGAGGCAACGCGGCGGGCCCCUCGACACCCUGCUGCGUGCUGCCGAGGUGCCGCCGGGUGGGAGCUGGUCGUCGUCGCCGUUCCAGAAGCGCCUCGACGCCGUCACCGUCCUGGCUCGCGAAGUCCGCGCCUCCUUCAACGAGGUCAUCAACCCGCAGUCCGUUUGCGUGCUGGCGCUCGAGUCACUGCGGAGGACGCACCAGAUCUGCAAGAGCGCAGACGACGAGCCGGACGGAGUCGACAAGUCGGGCGUCGCUUGGGCGUGGGCCGCCAACCUGCCGCCCCUGUUCAUCGAAAUGAUUGACAGCCGACACCCGACCGCCCUCGUCAUCCUGGCGCACUACGCCGCGCUGGCGAGGCUGUUUGAGCAGGCGUCGAACUGGCUUUUCUACGGCUGGAGCGACACCGUCAUGUCCCUCCUGGACGAAGCCCUGGACGACGAGUGGCGGCCCUGGAUUGAGUGGCCGAAGCGGAGCUUGACGGAGAGAAUCGAUGUCGACGACAUGGAGGUCUGA